CCGGUGGCCGCCGCCUCCAAAGUGAUUGCUGCCUUGCUGUUCCCACCGGGUUCGGGACCAUGAAGCUGCUGCCGUCGGUAGUGCUGAAGAUCUUUCUGGCUGCAGUGUUCUCGGCGUUAGUGACUGGCGAAAGCCUGGAGCGGCUUCGGAGAGGGCUGGCGGCUGGAACCAGCAACCUGGACCCUCCCACUGGAUCUACGGAGCAGCUGCUACCCACGGGAGGCGAUCGUGCCCGAGAAGUCCUGGACUUGGAAGAGACAGAUCUGGACCUUUUCAAAGUUGCUUUCUCCUCCAAGCCACAAGCUCUGGCCACACCAAGCAAAGAGGAGCAUGGGAAAAAAAAGAAGAAAGGCAAGGGGUUAGGGAAGAAGAGAGACCCGUGUCUUCGGAAGUACAAGGACUUCUGCAUACAUGGAGAAUGCAAAUAUUUAAAGGAACUUCGGGCUCCAUCGUGCAUCUGUCACCCAGGCUACCAUGGAGAACGGUGCCAUGGGCUGAGCCUCCCGGUGGAGAAUCGCUUGUAUACAUAUGAUCACACUACUAUUCUGGCCGUGGUGGCGGUGGUGCUGUCGUCUGUCUGUCUGCUUGUCAUUGUGGGACUUCUCAUGUUUAGGUACCACAGGAGAGGAGGUUAUGAUGUAGAAAAUGAAGAGAAAGUGAAGUUGGGCAUGACUAAUUCCCACUGAGUGAGACCUGUGCUUAAGGAAUCUGUGGGGGAUGGCUCCCUCUGAGAAGACACAAAUUCUCUGCAAACUCUGCAGAGGGAAAAGACUUCCCAACUAGCCGUGAAGACUUCUUUGUCCCCAGUUGCUAUCUCUAUUGGACCUCGCGCAUCAUUGCUUUGCCAAAAUACCAGAGUCUUCAAGUGCCAAACAGAAUAUAUCCAGUGGGAUCUGGAUCAGAAGAAAGUAAAAGUGAUCAAAAGAAAAGCAAAAGCAAAGAAACUUCAGGCCCUUCUGAUUCCCUUCCACCAAAUCCACUUCCCCCAUCAGUUUGUUUAGACACUUAUUCUGGAUUAAAAUGCCAGUUAAAUUCCAUAUGCUCCAGGAUCUUUGACUGAAAAAGGAAGAAGGAGAGGAAGAAGGAAAGUUUUGUGGACUGGAAGAAAGCAAUGAAGAUUGAGAAGCCAUGUACUCAAAUAGCCACCAAGGGAUCUGCUAUUUGGACCCUCCAGCGCUGGAUUUGAUGAGCUAACUGUGAAAUGCCACAAG